ACAACAAAACUCUUCACCUUCUUCUGCACCGUCGUCAUGGGAAUUCCGAGAACCACCGGCCGGACUCCGAGUUACAUUCUCUCCUCCGUCGUAGCCUUGUCGUGCCUCUCUCUCCUCUUCAUCGUCUACAAGGUUAACGACUUCGCCAGUCAGACCAAGACCGUCGCCGGCCACAACCUAGACCCGACUCCCUGGCACCCUUUCCGGCCCAAGACCUUCGACAAAGAGGCCCUCCCCAGCCGCGCCUACAAGCUUCUCCAAUGCUCCUACCUCGCCUGCCGCUACGGCAACAAAGCCAUUAACGACACUAAUGACGAAGAAGAAGAGCAUCGCCGCUCCGCUGCCUCCGUGGCCAAACCUCCGCAAUGCCCGGAGUUUUUCCGGUGGAUUCACCAGGAUCUGGAGCCCUGGGCCAAGGCCAAGAUCACUCCGGCCCAUAUUGAGCAGGCCAGGAGCUAUGCUGCAUUUAGAGUGGUGAUUUAUAAAGGGAAGCUGUAUGUGGACUUGUACUAUGCUUGUGUGCAGAGCCGGGCUAUGUUUACGAUCUGGGGGCUGUUGCAGAUGCUUAAGAGGUUCCCUGGGAGGGUUCCUGAUGUUGAUUUCAUGUUUGAUUGUAUGGACAAGCCUACUAUUAAGCGGGCAGAGCACGCCUCAAUGCCACUGCCGCUGUUCCGGUAUUGCACCAAUGAUGACCACUAUGAUAUCCCAUUUCCUGAUUGGUCUUUUUGGGGAUGGCCAGAGACAAAUAUAGAGCCGUGGGAUGAGCAAUUCCAGGCUAUCAAACGGGGUGGUCAGGAAACGACUUGGAGAAAGAAGGAGCUUUUGGCAUAUUGGAAAGGAAAUCCAGAUGUUGGUUCCCCUGUUCGUACAGAGUUACUCAACUGUAAUGAUUCAAAGACAUAUCGAGCAAAGAUCAUGCGUCAGGAUUGGGAUGAGGAAAGAAAGGCUGGUUUCCAGCAGUCCAAACUAUCAAAGCAGUGCAAUCAUCGGUAUAAGAUAUAUGCCGAAGGCUAUGCUUGGUCUGUAAGUUUGAAAUAUAUCUUAUCAUGUGGUUCUCUGGCAUUAGUAAUAACACCGCAGUAUGAGGAUUUCUUCAGCCGCGGCCUCUUUCCCAGGGUUAAUUAUUGGCCCAUCUCUCCUAAUGCAAUAUGCCCUUCUAUAAAAUCUGCUGUUGAUUGGGGUCAUGGACACUUAGCUGAGGCUCAUGCAAUAGGAAGAAGAGGCCAGGAGUAUAUGGAAAACCUAAACAUGGAUCGAGUCUAUGAUUACAUGUUUCAUCUCAUCACCGAGUACUCAAAGCUGCAGGCCUUCAAGCCAAGCCCUCCGAAUACUGCCAUGGAAGUAUGUGCAAAUUCUGUGCUUUGUCUUGCCGACGACGCAAAACAGAGAGAAUUUCUCGAGAAAACAAGGGCAGCCCCUUUUCCUGGCCCUCAAUGCAUUCUCCAGCCUCCUGAUUGUAAUCUCAUCAAGAAAUGGAAGAAAGAUAAGGCAAAUGUAUUUCAGAAUGUGGAGGAUAUGAAUCUAGUAAAUGAGAUACCUGAAAUCCAUUAGUUAAAGGUUUUGGCCUUUUAGUUUUGGUAGCUGGGGGUUUUAGUCUUAGAUGGCCCUGAAUUAUUUUGUAUAUAUGUAUGCGUACAACAUAAUAUGAAUUUAAGUUUGAUGCUGAUGCAUAAUACCAAAUUA